AUGGUGUCAGCUGGGUUACAGAUGCUGGGCACGGCCCUGGGGGUCAUUGGCUGGAUCGGGACUAUCAUCGUAUGCGCCAUGCCCAUGUGGAAGGUCUCCGCCUUCAUUGACAGCAACAUCAUCACCUCUCACGUCACCUGGGAGGGUAUCUGGAUGAGCUGCGUGUUCCAGAGCACGGGACAGAUGCAGUGUAAAAUCUAUGACUCCAUGUUGGCCCUGCCCCAGGACCUUCAGGCUGCCAGAGCCAUGACCGUCAUCGCCAUCCUCUCCGGCAUCAUCGCCAUCCUAUUGGCUGUAGCCGGGGGAAAGUGCACCAACUGCGUAGAGGACGAGGCGUCCAAGGCUAAAAUGGGCGUGACGUCUGGGGUGGUGUUCAUCAUUGCCGGGGUUCUGUGUCUGAUCCCUGUCUGCUGGAUGGCCCACAGCAUCAUCCAGGACUUCUACAACCCGCACCUGGUAAACGCUAAGAAGAGGGAGCUGGGGGGCGCGCUCUACGUGGGCUGGGGGGCAGCUGCCCUGCUGCUGAUUGGAGGAGGCCUGCUCUGCUUCAACUGCCCCGAGAAGGACGAGGGAUCCUACACCGCCAGGUACAACAAGUCCCCUCGCUCCGAGACCUUGGGACCAGCCUCUGGAAAAGACUACGUCUGA